AAAGAAACUAUUAAUUGAGGAGAUUGAAGCAGAUUUUAUUGUUUUCCUUUUCUGGGCUUCGGCAUUAGUGAGAACAAAUUGUACGGCGGAGCAAGAAUGAAUAGUGAUGAGCCAAUUUUUGAAGUUUGAGGAACCAAUCAUGUGGCUAUCCUUUUGGAGAUCCAGAGAUCGAUUCUCCUUAGACGAACUCAGAUAUUUGACGAACCAGCUGCAGAAAGUUCAAAUUAUUAAUGAAGUUAAUAAGGAUUUCGUUAUUGAGGCAUUGAGAUCUAUUGCGGAGUUGUUGACAUAUGGCGAUCAACAUGAUCCGUCCUUCUUCGAUUUUUUCAUGGAGAAGCAAGUCAUGGGAGAGUUCAUACGUAUACUGAAUAUUAGCAAAACUGUGACAGUUUCUCUUCAAUUACUUCAAACAAUAAGUAUUUUGAUUCAAAACCUAAGAAGAGAACAUGCCAUAUACUAUAUGUUCAGUAAUGAACAUGUUAACCGCCUAAUAACUUAUUCAUUUGACUUCCGCAAUGAAGAGAUACUUUCUUACUAUAUAUCAUUCUUAAGAGCAAUAAGUGGGAAGCUAAACAAGAACACAAUUUCUUUGCUUGUGAAAACUGAAGAUGAAGAAGUAGUUUCCUUCCCAUUGUAUGUUGAGGCAAUACGGUUUGCUUUUAAUGAAGAAAGCAUGAUCCGCACGGCAGUGCGUUCGCUAACACUGAAUGUCUAUCAUGUUGAAGAUGAUUUUGUCAAUAAGUUCAUUACCAGUGCCCCACAUUCUGAAUAUUUUUUUAAAUUGGUCUCAUUUUUCCGGGAUCAGUGCAUCAAUUUAAGCAAACUGGUUCUCGAAUAUCCAAAAAACCCAUGCUCGGAGUCAGUCUCUGCGAUACUUGCUACAGUGGAUGAAAUUGAGGACAAUCUCUACUAUUUUAGUGAUGUUAUCUCUGCUGGGAUUCCUGUUGUUGGGAGUUUGAUAACAGACAACAUUUUGCAGUUUUUGAUACUUCCUUUGCUGUUUCCAGCACUUCAAAUAGAUGCUGACAGUAACCUGAAGAUAGGUGCAAUCACUUCUUUGUACCUACUUUGUUGCAUCUUGCGGGUUGUGAAAAUCAAAGAUCUGGCGAACACCGUUGCUGCAGCUUUUUUAUAUCCACUGGAGGUCUUUGCUGCUAAUUCUGAAGCUAAAAUCAAUGGCUGUGUUUCUGGAAAUAAUCGUGCAAAUGAAAAUGAAGAGCCACACAGUGAUAGUGUUACUCCUGGACAAUUAUGUGUUGAUAUACCAAACAAGGCUAGUUCUUCACAUGUUCAUCCUGAAGGCAUUAUUGCAGAGAGGAGUUUAUCUCGUUCACAUUUUUCUUUGAGGGAGACUUUGCUUUCUUAUAUCACUGAUGGAGAUGAUGCACGAGCCCUGGGAGCUUUGAAUGUGUUGGCUACAUUGUUACAAACAAAGGAAUUGGAUGAAUCAAUGCUAGAUUUUCUUGGUAUUCUUCCCCAGCGCAAACAACACAAAAGACUCUUACUGCAAGCUUUGGUAGGUGAGGGCUCAGGUGAAGAGCAACUUUUUUCUUUUGAAGGUGGCUCUCCAAGAGAUGGUGUUAGUACUGAGCUUGAUGGAUAUUUAAAAAAGUUGAAGGAACAAUACGGAGUGUCUAUUGUAGGAGCAGGAGCAAGUCCUCGUAUGCAUAAAAACCAGGUUCUUGAUGCAUUGGUCAAGCUUCUUUGUCGGUCAAAUAUACCUACAGAAAUUUUGUGGGAUGCUGGUUGGCUUUUGCGACAACUGCUUCCUUAUAGUGAGGCAGAGUUCAAAAGCUAUCAUCUUAAAUUGUCGAAGGACUCGUAUAGGAAUUGCAGAAGUGCUCUUCUACAGGAGACUAAAGGGAUUUGGGUUGAUGUCCUUAUAACGGUGUUUUGUGAUCAGUGGAAAAACUGCAAAAGAGCUAUUGAGGCUUCAUCCCCUCGAAAGGAGCCCAAGUGCAUACUUUUGCCAUUUCAGAAAUUGAAUUCUGAAGAUAUUCCUGCGGAAUCAUCCUUUGCUGCUGGUGAGAGGAUGUGUGAUUUGGUGAAGGUAUUUGUACUUCUUCAUCAGCUUCAAAUGUUCUCCCUUGGUAGAACUUCGCCUGAACAGCCUCCUAUCCAUCCUUCAAUUGACAUCCCAGAAACAUCUCGUGCCAAGGCAGUUGGUCUGGAUGUUUUAGGUCUGAAGCCAGGCACUGAAAUAAGACUUGUUCAUGCACUGCCUUGUCGGAUUGCAUUUGGAAGGGGCAAAGAGCGUCAUUUCCAUUUUCUAGCAGUUUCUGUGGGCACAUUGGGAUGGGUUGUUCUUGCUGAAGAGUUACCACUGAAGCAGAAUUAUGGCAUAGUUCGUGUUGCUGCUCCCUUGGCUGGAACAAAUCCCAUAAUAGAUGAUAAGCAUUCAAGAUGGCUACACUUGCGUAUUCGUCCAUCAUCAUUGCCCUUCUUGGAUCCUCCUAAAUCUAGCAUGCCCGGUGAAACGAGGAUAAAAUCUCUAAUCGACGGAAGAUGGACCCUAGCUUUCAGGGACGACGAAUCCUGCAAAACCGCUGUAUCUAUGAUCCUGGAAGAGAUUGAUCUACAAAGCACCGAAGUGGAGAGAAGACUAAAACCGGUUCUCGACCUCGAACUGUAGAUUCUUCAAUCCUUUUAAUUUUCUAUAAAUACCCCGUUGUUACUAGCCUGUUUGAGGCUUUAGUGUUUUUAGGUGCGAGUCCUUUGACUCCUUUUGUCUAUGCCGGUUAGGCGAGCCUAGGUAUAGCCCCUCGUAUGUAUGCCGUAGAUCAAGUCCUCAGGUUUUUCUUGUUAGCCAUAGCUAAGCUAUAUACCAAUCCCUUGUCUUAUUUGUAAGUUUGUUGGUCUUGCCUUGUUCCUUUUUAUUUGGUUCUCUUUAUAAUUUUUUACUUUCAUUCUUCAGCUUAGGCAUUGCUUACCCUCAUCUCCUAAUUUUGUAAGCUAUGUAACAUUGAUGUACAUCUUCAACCUCAUAGAAGUAAAAGCCGGUGUGCAUUUCUUUUCUUUUA